AUGACGCAGCUGCAGAAGCACGGAUAUCAGAAGAGUAGAUCAAGCGAUAUUAAUCGGACACAGAGCUAUCGGGGUCAGGACUCGAAUGCUUGGAGUCCUCUGAAGAGUACUCCGGAGCAGGCAGAGGCGCCGGGUGUCGCUCCGCUCGACUAUGCGAACUCGUACGGAUUGUCGAGGCUCAACAGGGCCGCUCCGGAUGCAGGUCGGCAUGGGGAACCACAGCACAGGAUGAACCAGGCUGAGUUGUACACCCACGCGGCCCAAGGCAGCAACGUGAGCAACUGGAGUCAGACCAAGGGAGAGCAGGUUCCGUACCAUGCAAAGACCUGGUAUGAGGAGUAA